AAGAAAGACAGCACACCUCAGUCUCCCAUAGAAACAGUGACGGGAUGGCUGUGCAAAAGGGCCAAGAACGCCGCACCUUUCUCCUCUUCCUCCUUCUCCUUUUUUUCCUGGUGUUCUUUCCAAAGUACACUGCGGGGAAUGAGUGUCUUCAAAUCAGCAUCUCAAACAACUCCAAUCUUUCAACACCAAGUAACCUCACGAGUUUGAUCUCCACAAGUGACGUAAUCCUGCGAUGUUCUCUUGAGGCUAAAGAACAACAAACACAGGAACAUCCCUACUACAGGAUCAAUGCGAGGUGUUAUAUAUCAGUAUGUAAUGAUUUUCACUAUUGUUAUUUCUCCUUCAGUUAUCACACGUUUGUCAAAGGAAAGUACUAUUUAUUCCUGAAUAAGGAGAAAGAAGAGGAGGGUGAUGAGAAGUUGUACAGAAUUAUUGGAAAAGUGGAUGUUUCGAAUCUCGAUCAUAAAAUGAAUGAAAUCCAUCGUUACUAUCCUGAAUGCUGGAAACCCAUUAUGACCCUGGAUUCUUCUUCUCAAAUGUACAAGGAGGUCACAAGUCAAGGGAUUGAGUACCAGGUCACUCCAGGAGCCCAGGUCGACGUGACUUGUGAACCUGAACAGCAACAUCGACAUGACUUCAGUGGUUAUAAUUUGACUUUGAUCAGAAUUGAGACCAAUGAGGAGCAAGAACACGUCGUAACUUCACAUUCACACUCCAUCUCUGUUCGGUGGAAGGCGACCGUGGUGCCAACAGUGUACAGCUGUCACGUGACUUGGCCAGGACAACACCACAGGAUCCUCACCUCAAAGAACGUCACUCUUAGAUAUAUCGACACAGACAAGGAACCAAGCCUUUACCUGAACACCUCGUCCUUCAACAACACCGCCUCUGCCACUGCCUCCUUCACCUUCUGGGCGCACCCUUCCUCCCUCUUCACCUGGAGUCACCCUAAUGGAUCAAAACUAGAAACCGGCAUUUGCACCGAUAUCAGCAGCAGGAGGGAGCAAUGCCAGUACAGGGAGCUCAGUCUCAGAAUAAGGAAAGGCUUCACUGUGAAUGACGUCGGGAACUACACACUUCGCCUCCAAACGCCAUACUUUGCUACUCUCAGCGUCACCACUUCCUUCUCUCCAAAGUUUCCCCCACAAAAGACCCAGCUAUCUGUUAAGGGGACCACAGAGAGUUACGCCCUUCUCAACACCACCAUCACAGCCUCCUGCACCGCCUUUGGAAACCCUCCACCUUCCCUGGCCCUCGACACCUGUGCUACUGGUUCUAAUGACACCUGCGUAGAAGUCUUAGAGGGGGUGACUGCAAUCAGAAGGACAAAAGUGAGUAAAGAGUGGCUGGUUCGCGUCCCUUCAGACACACCUGUGAUGAAUCUUACCUGUGAAGCUGCUAGUGACGAGGGGAGGCAUUCCAGUAGUCUUCAGGUGUAUGUUUCAGACGCCACAUCGCUGGAAGAGCACCGGGCAAUACACACCCACUACUGCAUAGAGGGAGACAACGUGACUCUGCCUUGCCACUUCAGUGUAGCCAAGGCAGCAGACCAUCCUCCCGUCGCCUGGAUCAACGCAACGCGGGGGAAAGCCACCAAGCAGAUCAGAUCCUCCUCAGCUUACCUGCAGACCGUGGCGUUGUCCUUCUCACCUGUGCUGGUCACGGAUGCACGUAAUUACACCUGCAUGGCGGGCAAGAAGAAGGUGACUGUGAUUGAUCUCCAGGUAAAAGCCAUGAAGAAGCCGACGUGGGUGUCAGACAACAGAACACCCAACACAACACAUCGCCUUCACCACCAGGAGACUCUGACAUUCACCUGCGAGGCCACAGGUGUUCCCGAGCCGCGAUACAGGUGGACCAAGGAUGGAGAGGAAAUCAAACAAAAGAAGGUGGACGAGGAAAGGGAAUACAAGGACGAUAUUGAUAAAGAACGAGAAGGAGGAGAAGAAAGAGAAGGAGGAGGUGACAGUCAUUACCUGACGAUAUUGAAGGGACGAGUGCAGGAUGAAGGAUUGUACGUGUGUGAGGUGGAGAACAGGGCCGGCAGUCUCCUGGUGUGGUACAAGGUGGAGUUCCUACGCCCACACACUUCAGUUCCUAAGCAUGUUUCCAAGUUGAUUGUGGCGCUGGCGGUGGCUGGUGUGCUGGUAGUGGCGUUGAUAGGAUGGUGUCUUUACAACCAGUGGAGGAGCUACAAAUACUCGCUGCAGGCUGCCAGGGCAUGGAAGGAGGGCAACGUGAAGGCGCUUAACACAUCACUUAGCCUCAGGGACCAGGCGCACCUCCUUCCCUUCAAGCCAAAGUUCGAGAUCUCCAGACACCAGAUUACUUUUGGCAAGAUGCUGGGGUGCGGGGCGUUCGGGCGAGUGUACAGAGCAACAGUGGCAGACUUGAGCUCUGGGGAGACUAACGUGACAGUGGCUGUGAAGAUGAUCAGGGCCAGGAGUGACAAGACCCAGCUGUUGGCCCUGCAGUCUGAGCUCAAGAUCCUGAUGCAUAUUGGCAAGCACGUGAAUAUUGUGAACCUUGUGGCCACGUGCACGAAGAACAUCCACAAGAAAGACCUCAUGUUAGUGUUUGAGUACUGUUGCUUCGGUAAUAUUCUGGACUACAUGAGGCGCCACAAGUCAUCUUUCGUCAACCAGCUCGCAGAAAACGGAGAGGAGUUUCUGCCUGGCGUCGGCCAAUCGUCAUGUGAAUCCUGCAGUGAGGUGGAGGAAAACGAAGGAAGGGACACGAAGGUUUACAUCAGCGCAGACAGAGUGAUCUUCAACCCAGGGAAAAUGAAGUCCACCACCACCAACGCCGCCACCAUCACCGAGUCUACUUUUGGGCAAUCUAGACAGCCCCUUGUGGUGGAUGGUUGCCAGGGUCAGGUCAGCCACGCCUCGGUAGCCAACACUUGCCUCGGUUCCGACAUGACCUGCUUAUCUCUCAUCACGGACACACACAAUCUUCAGGAGCCCAGUCUGCCCUGCGAUCCUGAGAGCCUUUCACGCCCUCUGUGCUCGCGGGACCUUCUCUGCUGGGGCUUUCAAGUGGCUCGGGGCAUGGACUUCCUCGCCUACAGAAAGGUGCUACACGGGGACCUGGCGGCAAGAAAUGUGCUUCUGACGGAGGGCAACCUAGUCAAGAUCAGUGACUUCGGCCUCGCUAAGGACAUCUACAAGUACAACAACUACAAGAAAGACAAGAACUCCCCACUCCCAGUCAAGUGGAUGUCGGUGGAGGCGCUGAGGGAGGGGAUCUUCUCCACUGAGAGUGACGUGUGGGCGUACGGCGUAGUGCUGUGGGAGAUAUUCAGCCUGGGCCGGUGUCCCUUCCCCGGGGUGACAAUGGACGAGAGCUUCAUCAAGUCCCUGGAAAAUGGAUACAGGAUGGAAUGCCCCAAGUACUGCACGCGAGAACUGCACCAAGUGAUGCUGGACUGUUGGGCCACAGCGCCGGAGAACAGGCCUUGCUUCAACACCCUUCAGAGCAGACUGAGUAAGAUGCUUUCCGAAAGGGACAGCAAGUACUACGAAGACCUACAAAAGAUAGUAGAGGAGAAGGAAGCACUGGAGGCUGAGGAAGAGGAGAAAGAUUCAAGCUAUCUUAACAUGGUUGGCAAUGUGAACUACGCAAACCUCGUGCAGGCAAAGAACCAAAGCCAGAAGGAGACCACGGAAGAUGACAACGCCUAUAUCAUGAUUAGUAGCGUCCAGGAAGACUCCAAGAUGACUGUGCGUUAUGUGAUAAACAAGGGAUACGUUUCUCUGUCCAACGCUGAGAACUUAAUGGUUGGUGGUGGUGAAGGUGAAGCAGCGCAAGGGUUUAAAAGUUCUGUUGUGCCUGCAGAGUAGAAGGAAGUGUUGUUGUGUUUGUGAGUGCUUUGUGUGUGUAUUUACCUAGUUGUAGUUUUCCAGGGCCUGGGCUUUACGCUCGUGUGGCCCCGUCUCCAUAUCUACACUUAUCCAUUUUUUCUUUAAAGCUAUGCACACUCUUUGCUGACACCACUUCCUCACUCAAACUG